AUGCCCGAAUUCAACAUGCAGAAAACUUUCAAUCGUCUCUCCCAGCGGGCGACAGAAUUGGUCAACAAAAGCGAUAAGACCAGCUAUCCUCCACAUACCGAAGAACUGAUUGCACAGAUUGAUCACAUGAAACCAUGCCUCAACAGGAUAAUCUUAGCUACUGAAGAAUUCGUUGAAAUUAAUAUUGCUUCAAAAGUUGUGGAUACCUUCCAAAAGAACCGAGAAAAGACUAACACUUCUGACAAACUCUCAGAGGCCUUUAACCAUGUUGCCAAUGAAUCUGAAAAGAAAGCCCCAAAUCUCAGCCAAAUGUUGAGAGAUGCGGCUGAUGUUCAUCUCAAAAUGGCAUCUGCACGAAAAGCUUUCAAUGAUGAUGUUAAUAAAACCUUCAUUGAAGACUUAAGAUCUUUCGUUUCUGGUAUACUUGCUGAAGCCCAUAAAUCUAAAAGUACGCUUGAGGAGAGUCGCCUUGAUAUGGAUUCUUCCAAGAGCAAAUUAAAGAAUGCCAAAGAUAGUGAACAGAGGGCCAAAUUUGAAGCUGAACUCAAACAGAAUGAAGUUGAAUACGACAGAAUUCACCGAGAUGCAGUCGCCAUAUUCGAAAAGUGUAUCAAAGAAUUCGAUGGACUUAGUGUCCAAUUGCUCGAUCUCAUUCGUGCUGAGAAGAAAUAUUACGAUACUCUCUCAAAGGAAUGCAGCCGCGCUGGCGAAAUGGUGAAUAAGAAUGAUAAAACGCCUUAUUCAACUCGUGCUACUGAUUUACUACAGUAUGUUGAUCUCAUGAAACCGUGUCUUAUAAGAUUGAUCUCAGCGAGCGAGGAAUUUGCUGACAUUGAUAAGCUUUCGAAAACAGUUGACGUUGUGGCAAAAGAUAAGGAAAUUUGUACUGCAACUGAUAAAUUAGCAAACGCCAUGGAAGAGGCAGCAGCAAAAUCGAAAUCAGCAGCUCCUCAAUUUUCGAAAGUGUUGGAAGAAGUAACAUUACUGCAUCGGCGUUUGGCUACUGCUAAAAGGAUAUUAGAUGAGGAACUGAGUAAAAAAUUUAUCGAGAUUCUGAAGAAGUUCGUAAAAAAUGAUCUCGUUGAAGCAGAGAAAACAAAGAAAAAGUUGGAAAAUUGUCGAUUAGAUCUGGAUGUAAGUAGAAAUAAGCUAAAAAACGCGAAGAAGGACGAACAGAAAAGCAAAUGGGAAAAUGAACUUCAGCAGAAUGAACAAAAGUUUAAUCAGGUUCAGAGCGAAUCUGAAGCCAUAUUUGAAAAGAUCCUCACUGCUUUCAUUUUAAUAAAUGACCUAGAAGUUAAUUUGAAUUUGUCUCACAUUUACUGCGCACUAAGAGUAAUUGCAAUGGGCGCACCCGAGGUGACCAAGUUCUUUAAUCGUUUUGCCCAGCGGGCUGGAGAGUUGGUAAACAUGAAUGAGAGGACGAAUUAUCCUGCCCACACUAAUGAACUAAUCGAGCAGAUCGAUCAAAUUGGAUCUUGCUUGAAGAAGAUAAUAUCUGCCACAGAGGAAUAUGUGGAUAUUAACUUCGCUACCAAAGUUGCUGAUGUCAUCCAAAAAAAUAAAGAAAAGACCACAACGACGGAUCGACUUGGGACUGCUUUAGAAGAGGCAGCCCUUCAUUCGGAAAGUGCGGCACCAAAUUUCGCUGAGAUGCUUCGAAAAGCGGCCGAUGUACACGCACGAAUGGCCGAAGCUAGAAAGAAUUUUAAUGAAGAAGUUAAUAGAACCUUCAUUGAGGAUUUGAAAACUUUCCAGUCAUCCAUACUAGCAGAUGCUUUUAAAGCCAAGAGUGCUUUAGAGGAUGCUAGGCUCGAUUUAGAUUCAUGCAAAUCCAAACUUAAAAGUGCCAAGGAUGCAGAAGCUAAAGCGAAGCAAGAGGCUGAUGUUGCCAGAGAAGAGGCCGAGUUUGAUAAAAUUCACAAAGAAUCCGUGGAAGCGUUUGAAAAAGCGCGAGAUGAAUAUGACAAAUUGGGCCUUCAACUCAGGGAUUUAAUGUGCGCGGAGAAUAAGUACUUUGGUGCCUGUGCACAAGAAUGCCAACGUAUGCUGAAUGAGUAA